UCAUUUCGCGCUGCGGCUGUUGUUGCCGGAAGUGAAGAUGGUGGCCUUCAGCGCCGAGUCGGAUUUGGUUACGGGCUGGUGCCUGUUCGGCAUUGCUUUGCUGGUUAUUCUGGUUUUCUGCUGGGUUUAUGUUCGCAAAUACCAGAGUAGACGGGAAAGUGAAGUCAUUUCUACCAUAACCUCUAUUUUUGCCCUGGCAAUUGCACUUAUCACAUCAGCACUCCUUCCAGUGGACAUUUUUCUAGUUUCUUAUGUGAAGAAUCAAAAUGGGACGUUUAAGGAUUGGGCUGAUCCAAAUGUUACAAGUCAAAUUGAAGACACAGUAUAUUAUGCAUACUACACACUGUAUUCCAUCGUAUUAUUCUGUGUGUUCCUGUGGAUUCCCUUUGUCUAUUUCUACUACGAGGAGAAAGAUGAAGAUGAUGGUGACACAUGCUCUCAGGUGAAAAUUGCACUCAAGUAUACGCUAGGAUUUCUUCUGGUUUGUGCCAUCCUUCUAAUAAUUGGAGCCUUUGUUCCAUUGGAUAUGCCCCACAAGAACAAUUCCACGGAAUGGGAGAAAGUGAAAUUUUUAUUUGGAGAACUUGGAAGCAACCAUGGUUUGGCUGCCCUGUCCUUCUCUAUAAGCUCUCUGACCCUUAUAGGAAUGGUGGCAGCUGUGACCUAUACGGCUUAUGGCAUGUCUGCUUUGCCUCUAAACCUGAUAAAGGGGACAAGAAAUGCUAGUUAUGAACGUUUGGAAAACACUGAAGAUAUUGAGGAAGUUGAACAAAAUAUACAGAGGAUUAAAUCAAAGUGUAAAGAUGGUCGACCUUUACCAACUCGGGACAGGCGGGCACUGCAACAACUUGAGGAAAGGCUAAGAGGCCUUCGAAGAAGAGGGAGACAUCUGGAAUAUAUUGAGAAAAGCUGCUGGACAAAGUUCUGUGGAGCCAUGAGGCCUCUAAAAAUUGUCUGGGGGGUAUUUUUCAUCCUUGUGGCUCUGCUGUUCACAGUCUCUCUCUUCUUGUCAAACUUGGAUAAAGCUUUGCAUUCAGCUGGCAUUGGCUCGGGAUUUCUAAUUUUGGGAACAAAUUUAACCAAUCCACUGAAUAUGCUUCUACCUGUUCUACAAACUGUCUUCCCCCUUGAUUACAUCCUCAUUACUACUAUUAUCAUGUACUUUAUCUUCACUUCAAUGGCAGGGAUUCGAAACAUGGGCAUAUGGUUCUUCUGGAUAAGGCUAUACAAGAUCAGACGGGGUAGGACACGACCACAAGCACUUCUCUUUCUUUGCAUGAUUCUGUUAUUGAUCGUUCUUCAUACUAGCUAUAUGAUCUACAGCCUUGCUCCUCAGUAUGUUAUGUAUGGAAGCCAAAAGUAUCUAAUUUCGAAUAAUAUGACAGUCGAUGGCCAGUCUGCAAAUGUUACAGCAUUUGUGCCCAAAGAUUGUGACGCAGAUGCCCCUAAAGGCCAGUGCACUAUUACUCGGACUUAUCUUUUCCUUCACAAAUUUUGGUUCUUCAGCGCUGCAUAUUACUUUGGCAACUGGGCUUUUAUUGCAGUCUUCUUAAUUGGAUUAAUAGUGUCAUGCUGCAAAGGAAAAAAAUCUGUCAUUGAAGGUGAUGUGGAUGAAGAUGAUUCAGAUAUAAGUGAUGAUGAACCAUCACUCUAUUAUGGUUGACUAUCCAGAAUCUGAUUCCUGAAGGAUAAUGCACACUGUUUAAAACUGUGAAAAUGCCAUUUUGGGUUGGACUUCUUUUCUUCCCUUGAAAAAAAGUCAUAUUUGCCUAUGUUAAAAGAAGCCAAGUGAUGGAAAACAGAGUUGGAAGAUGGAAUUGCUGAGUUCGUUGAUUGUAUUAUAGUUAAGCUAAUGUGUACAUAAAUAAUUACAAGAGUAGAUUUUAUAAAAGAAUGAUUAAAACAACUAUUUUUGCGUAUACUCUCUGAUACAAUUAUGUGUUAUUUAAUUUAGUUGCCUUUCUGUUGCUAGCCUUUUAGUUUUUUAAAAAAACUUUUAUGCUUGGUUGACAAUGUUGACAUGGUAAGUGAAUUUAAAAAUUAUUAAAAUUGCCAAUGACUGCUGACAUAAGAGUUAACAUCUAUAACUUACAUUGCUGUGUCAUUAAUGAGGUGUAGGUGGCCAGAAAUGUUGGAUUGUUUGAUUUUAGUGCUUAAGUAAAUUAAAAGCACUGGCCACUUCAGAACAUCUUGAUUUAUGGUGGGAUUGGGGCCAGAUCUUGAACUUGCAUGCCUUCCCCAUUCUCUAGGUGGUCAUAGAUUCUAAUUACACUGGGAGAUCUCUAAAAAUAUCCCUUAGUCUUACCAUAUAGAAUGCUUAUAUUGUCAGAUUAGCGAGACCUCACUUCAAAUAAAUGAGGUUUCAUGAUGAAGCCAUUAAACUUCAAGGGGUGGGGGGGAGUGGCCAUCUCUAAAACAGUUUGGCUCUCCCCUCAUGCAUAGUGAGAUUAGGAAAGAGCAACAUAUGUACUUCUUGUCCCAUUCAUCUUCCUGUUUAACAGAGUAUCGCUGUCAACUGAGCAAUAUAAAAAAGCCACACAUUCAUUCUUUAUGUAAUUUGAGAUCUGCCAUGUUUCCAAUGUAUAAAACAACCAUGUAUGUAUGUGGCAGUUGUUUUGCUUUUUAAAAAACAGGUUCAAUGUUAAUCACCAAGGUUAAUAACUGUUCGAUAUUCUGUAUUUCUCAACUUACUGUAGCACUUUUUGAAGUGGUUUUUUAAACCGUUAAUCAGUAUAUUGUCAUUUUGUUGAGUUAUAUCUAAAUACAAAGCAUAAACAUAUAAAUCAUGCACAAAAGUCAUUUCUGUACCAUUUUGUAAAAUAAAUUAAUCUUGUCUAAAUGCAUUUUGAAGCACUUGUAUAAGCAUAAACCAAUUAUUUAAUCCUCUAACCUUUAAACUUUACUGCUGAAAUUAACUACUGCUUCUUUAGUUCUUCUCAUCUACCGGUAAAACAAAACUAAACUACAAACAAACUAACAAAACUACAUCGACAAUACAUAAAACUAAACUUGUGAAUAAUAAUUUCUAGUCUGUCAGAGUUUUGAAUAUUGAAGAUUUGAGGUAAUACUUAAGGCUGGCUGUUACUUCUUAAUUAUAUUUAAUCUGUUCUAGUUUCUGGAUUUCUGGUUUCUUCUAGGAGUGAUUAGUUUUUGUUUUCUCAAAAAAAAAGGGCUUCAGGGUGACAGAAGCACAAGAAAUCUGCUUCCUCUUUAAUAUAUCUUCUUGAUAUUCUUUCUGCAGUAUAUUAAAAUGUUCGCAUUUUGCUGUAUCACUGAUUUGUUCAUCUGAUUUGCAUGUGUUGACUGGUCAAGUCACUUUGCUACUGAAUAAAAGCAGUUGGUUGGUGUCCCUGGGAAUAGCUGCUAGUGAAAUCAACUGGUCUAGCUGUAACUGAUUUCAAACAAUGAACCAUCUUAAUGCUAAUCCUCAUGGAAUGACUUGCCACUUCUCCAAUGUGUAUUUGAAAAUGUUUUGUUCUGAAAGGCAUGUAUCAGUACAGAGAUCUCAUCAGCUCUUGUAUACAAAAUAAGCCAAACAAACCUGAUCCAUGUGCCAUGGUCUCCUUUUUAGUCUGUUGUCAAGAACAGAAUCCAUGUAAUAGCUUUUUUUUAGUAGGACCAACCAAAAUGACACAAAACAGUGUGCAAUCUCUCAAAUUCACCAGCAUUCUUCAUCGGGCUGGAUAUUACAAAAAUGAAAAGGGGGUUGAUGGAAAAAGCAAAUGUCUCAGGUCAUGAUCUUACUACCUGCAUGUCAGUAUCCUGUGUUUAAUGCCGAGCAGGCAUGCAGAUUUAAAUUGGUGUGAGUGUCAAGUUGCACUCCUGGCUUUCUAGUAGUAAGUAAACAGUUUCCAAUAGCUGCUCUCUAAUACCAGGUGAGAAUUACAGAACCUUGGAGAAAUCACAUUAACAGUGUUAACUGAAAAGAAGACCACGAUUUGACUCUAGUGGCACUUUGAAGAACCAACAAGAUUUCCAAGGUAUAUGCAAGAUUUCCAGGGGUAAAGGCUUUUGAGAGGCUCAAAAGCUUAUACUGAAGAAAUCUUGUUGGUUUUCAAGGUGCUAUGGAGUCAAAUUUUGCUCUUCCACUACAGACCAACUGAAUAAAUCAUUGUUAAUUGUGUUAACGGAAUUGUUACUACAACUACUACCAAGAAGUGUUAAAGAGCUACUUCUAGCCUUUGUUUCAACAGGGAGAAACCAUUUAUUACUACUUACUCCUAGAAAGCCAGGGGUGCAGUUUGACAUUUGUACCAUUUUAAAUCUGCAUGCCUGCUCAGCUGCUUAGCACAGAAUGCUGACAUGAACAAGUCCUAGGAUAAUGGUCUGAGACACUCUCCCCGCACCCUUUUUUAUAUUUGGAACAUGCAGAUUGAUGAACAAAUCUCGUGAACUUGAAAGCUUGCACGUUGUUCUGUGUGAUUUUGGUUAGUCCUAAUAGGUGUUACGUCGUUUUUGUUUUUGAAUUUUUCACUUGGACGGACACAGCUGUAAAAAAUUUCUAGGGUACAUUUGCUGAACUGAGUUCUGAAUAGCUGCUCUCUAAUACCAGGUGAGAAUUACAGAACCUUGGAGAAAUCACAUUAACAGUGUUAACUGAAAAGAAGACCACGAUUUGACUCUAGUGGCACUUUGAAGAACCAACAAGAUUUCCAAGGUAUAUGCAAGAUUUCCAGGGGUAAAGGCUUUUGAGAGGCUCAAAAGCUUAUACUGAAGAAAUCUUGUUGGUUUUCAAGGUGCUAUGGAGUCAAAUUUUGCUCUUCCACUACAGACCAACUGAAUAAAUCAUUGUUAAUUGUGUUAACGGAAUUGUUACUACAACUACUACCAAGAAGUGUUAAAGAGCUACUUCUAGCCUUUGUUUCAACAGGGAGAAACCAUUUAUUACUACUUACUCCUAGAAAGCCAGGGGUGCAGUUUGACAUUUGUACCAUUUUAAAUCUGCAUGCCUGCUCAGCUGCUUAGCACAGAAUGCUGACAUGAACAAGUCCUAGGAUAAUGGUCUGAGACACUCUCCCCUCACCCUUUUUUAUAUUUGGAACAUGCAGAUUGAUGAACAAAUCUCGUGAACUUGAAAGCUUGCACGUUGUUCUGUGUGAUUUUGGUUAGUCCUAAUAGGUGUUAUGUCGUUUUUGUUUUUGAAUUUUUCACUUGGACGGACACAGCUGUAAAAAAUUUCUAGGGUACAUUUGCUGAACUGAGU